GAUGAUCAGAAUAAUGGCGAUGUUGUGAUGAUGGCUUGAAGAUGAUGGCGUUAGUUUUGUAGCUGAUGGACAAAACUGCAGCCGCAAAGCAGGGCGCCGCGACUUAAAACGACUUAUGACAGACGGAGUCACGUGACAGAAGCAAUGGUUUCAUGGUUUCAAUGUAACAUUUAGCUGAAACAAGACUUCGCAAGUUCCUGUAGGCUACAUGGGUGAACAAACAAUAGGAUGACUGAUACCGGUGGUGAGAGCGAUUCCGUAACCAGCCCUGGAACGUCCAACCCAAGGCCGUCGUCUUCUUUCGCCCUGGGCAAGGGAGCCUUGGUCGGACGCGUUUCCCUGGGCUCACCUCCUCCGGGCAGGCUUACCUCUCUGCGGUCCAGAGACCUCACACUAGGCGGCUACAAAAAGAAAACGUUUGUGCCCAAUGUGAACUCAGUGAGAAAGAGCAAAGAUGAGCUUCGAGGUGAAAGUCGCACACCACCUAAAAAGGAGAAACGGGAGGAUAGACAGCGGGAAUCCAGGAGGCGAAAGGAGAGACCUCAGGUCAUCCAGUCACACUCCAUCUUUGAACAAGGGCCUGCUGACACUCUCAGGAAAGUAGGUAGCUGGGGCAACACAGACCUAAGUGAAAGUGGAACAUCAGUAGUGACACGAUGUGUGAAAAAGGAAAAGAAGUUCUCCCAAGAAGAUGAAGAUGAAAUGCUACAAAAGUUGACUCGGGAUGAUUUUUUAGAUGACCCUGGCCUGAAGAAUGAUGAACGGCAGCGACCCAUUCAGCUUCCCCUCUAUCAAUCAAGCAGCUUCCUGCUCGAGUCUGCCCCCUCUGCCAAAGAGGACCCUAUGGCCAUAGAGCAUGCAGGCCCGAUGGCUGUAGCUGUGGGUGUGGGCUGUCUGGGCCCUCAGCAGCCUAGCGUGGGUGACCUGUUCAAGCAGCUGAGCGUCUCUGAGGGGGAGGAGCUACUCUUCAUUCAGCUACCUGAUGCCAUCCCCGGCCAACCAGCAUCCAGCAGCAGCAGCAGCAGCAGCAGCGCAGAGACGCCCACUAAAAAAGACAGCAAAUCUGAUGACAAGAAUCCACAUAAGGCUAAAGCACAGGAAGCGGUAGGGAAAGACAGCACGCCGGUUCUGGCGGACUUCUCAGAAGGGCUGAUUGGCAAACUGCAGGUCCGCAAGUCGGGGAAGGUCCAGUUGGUCCUGGGGGACGUGAAGCUGGACGUGUCCGAGGGAGCUGCCUUCUCCUUCCUGCAGCAACUGGUCUCGGUGCGUCUCUCCGACAGCCGCAGCGGUGACAUGAGUGUGCUGGGAAACGUCCAGCACAAGCUGGUCUGCUCUCCGGACUUCCAGACCCUCCUGCAGGGGGUCAAACGACCCCAAAGCUCCUCCUCUGAAAAGUCCUGACACAAGGAGCUGGAACUGACUGUGCUGCUUUUUUAUGUAUUUUAAGUGUAAAUAGAAUAUUUAAAGGUCACAUUUUUUGUACUUAACAGUUUGCUUCAGUGAAUGUAAAACAAAACAUUUUAAAAAGACAAGGCAUGUUAUUUUUUCUUAAGAAAAUGUUAACUGAAUAAAGGCACAAAAAUAGCAUACAAAAACAUGGUUCUCUUCUCUGAACAUGCAGUAAUGAUUGCCACCAUUAUUGUGGAAAUGCAUAGGUAUCUUUACUAGGUCUGAUUUUGGCUUCCAGAACAAAGCAUUUU